AUGAGCCUCCUCGACGGAUGGCUGCCCCCGACGCGGGCGCACUACGGGCUCAUCCUGAAGCUCUGGCAGUUUGCCUAUCCCGCUGUACGGCCUCGGCCCUUGUGGGUGAUUGGCUGGUACGGCAUGGGCAAGACGUCGACGCCCAGCCGGCUCAACCUGCCGGGGCGCGCGGCCUGGAUGACGAUGGAGGCGCCGGGCUUCCUGACGCUGCUGUAUGUCAUGCGCACGCUGCCGGCGCAGCACGGCAUUGACGACUUGCCGUGGCAGAACAGAGUCCUGGCCGGCCUCUUUGUCAUCCACUACACGUACCGCGCGCUCCUCUUCCCCCUGCUGCAGCCGUCUAUGGCGCCCAUCCACGUCCUCGUCUGGGCCAUGGCCCUCGGCUUCCAGCUCCUCAACGCAACCUGCCUAGGUGCCUGGCUGGCCGCCUACGGGCCUGUCACCGCCGACGCCUGGGCCGCGCAGUCGCCCCUGCCGCAGUUUGCCCUGGGGCUCGCCGUCUUCUACGCGGGGCUGUCGGCAAACUUCUUCCACGACGAGGAGCUGCGCGAGAUUCGCCGCCGGCGGCAGCGGCGCGAGCAGCAGCAGGGCUGUAGCAGCAAGGACAACAACAAGGCUGGGCGAGGGGCCACCACCAACUACUACGAGAUCCCGCAGGCCGGGCUCUUCCGAUACAUGCUCUUCCCGCACUACCUUUGCGAGUGGGUUGAGUGGGCGGGUUUCCUCAUGGCGGCCGGCUGGUCGUGCGCGCCGGCCUGGGCGUUUCUGACCAACGAGGUGUGUUCCAUGCUGCCGCGGGCCGUCCGGGGAAAGGCCUGGUAUGUCGAGCGCUUUGGCCGCGAAAAGGUCGGCCGCAAGUGGGCCGUGAUUCCGGGCGUCUGGUGA